CUCAAGACGCAGUGCGUCUCGUGCAUCGCGUGUGUGUGAGACGCGGCGCGUCUAGGGUAUCAGGCUAGCGUCUGGUGUGACGCAUCGCGUUAGCUAAGACGCGCUCUCCAUGCAAUUGUACCGCGUCACGACUCGCGUUCCAUUGCGUCUCGCAGACGCAGUGAAACGCGCUAUCUGUAAUGGUGCCCCGUCAGACGCGGCCCAGACGCGCCCAGACGCGGUUUCCCGUUGUUAUAGUGGACUGGGCGGUCAGCGACAGCACCUUUACAGCUCUGUCCAAGCAGUGGGGCCCGUUCGACAUCGACCUCUUCGCCUCUCACCGCACCCACCGCCUCCCGGCCUACUACGCCACCCACUUCGCGCCCGGUGCCGCUGGCGUCGACGCCUUCCGCUUCCGCUGGGGGCGCGCCUGCUGGGCCUACCCGCCAUUUAACCUGCUGCUCCGCGUGCUGAAGCACGCCCAGGCCUGUCGCGCGCGCAUGUGCCUGCUCGCCCCUGUCUGGCCCACUCGCGACUGGUGGCCCUUCCUGACUAAGGCCCGGCUCCGCCAGGUGGCCAUCCUGGGCGGCCUCGCCGCCCGCGCCGACCCCGUGCUGAGCGGCCUAGCGGUCGAGUUCUCGGCCGCAGUCGACGGCAAGCUUGCCGUCGGCACACAGCGGCAAUACCGGGAGCCUUGGUCCGCCUUCACGCGCUGGUGGGAGGCGCGGCGCCUGGACGGCUCCAUCUACGACACGCCGCCCAACGUGGUGGGCCUGUACCUCUUCAGCGCUUACGUGGCGUCCGCGGAAGACAGCGUCGGCGGCGGCCGUGUGCGGCAAGCUAGCGCCGCCAUCCACCACUACUUCACCGCCGCAGCUCGCGACUCUCCAACAGGCCACCCCAUCUGCGUGGCCGCCCGAGAGCUGGCCGCCCGGUACCUCGUCCCGCAGGCCCGCGAGCGCGGCGCUUUCUCUGCUGACAACGUGGCCAGGUUCGUGGCCGCCCACGGCGGCCCCGGCGCGAGCCUCAUUGACCUCAUGUACUGCACCUGCGUGUCCGUGAUGUUCCACGGCUUCCUGCGCUGGAGCGACAUGGCCGAGGUGUCUGUGCACGCAGACCUGCUUGUGCUAACAGACACCCACGCAGAGCUCUUCAUCCCGCGCUCCAAGACGGACCAGCUCUGGCAAGUCGCGCUGAUCGAGCGCCUGCUGGCCGCCGGCGCCUACCAGCGCUCCCCCAGCUUCGACGGCGAGGACGUGGGCCCGCUGCUGCGCGCCGUUACGGCCACGCGCAGCGGCCAUCGCCUGCAGCAGCUGAUGACCGGCACCACUCAGGCGCCCGUCUUCAGCGUGACCUACAACACCUUCGCCGGGCACCUGCGGCGCAUGUGCGCCGCCACAGCUCUGCCAGACAACCUCAAGUCUCACUCCCUGCGCAUCGGAGGCAACAGCCGGGCCGAGGAGCUCGGCUUCCCCGCCGAGCUCCGCAUGCGGCACGGGCGCUGGCGCUCGCUGCCCAUGGUGGAGCACUACACCCGCCGCGAACUGGCGCCCGCUCUGGAGAUGACCCGUCAUCUCGUCUGAGUGAGGCCGCUAGCGGCGACUCCACCUAUCUCUUCGGCCUGCAGUGUAAGUGCCCUUGGCU